GAGUUUUAUUUAAUGUAAUCGAAAAUAUAGAUUUUCAAGCUUUUCUUAAAAAGGCUUGCCCUUCUUUUAAUAUUCCAUCUCAUCAUACUUUUUCCAAUUCACUUCUUGAUAAAGAAUAUAUGAAUCUACAAGUAGUUGUCCAAAAUACCCUUGAUAAAACACCUUAUCAUUUUUGUACUAAAGAAGAACAUCAUACCGUAGAAAAUAUAGCUAAAGGAAUUGAAAAUGUAAUGCGUGAAAUUAAUAUUGAAAAAUGUUGGGCUCACAGAAUAAACUUUUGGGUUAAGGAUAUUCUUAAAAAUGGAUGGGCUCUACAAAUUUUAAAAAAAACUAAAGAGUUAGUUUUGUAUUUCCGUAAUCAUCAAAUUUCUAUGGCAACUCUUCGUCAUUUACAAAAAGAAACUUACAGUUUUGAGAUUGCUCUUGUUUUAACUGUUGAUACGAGGUGGAUAUCAACUUUUGAGUGUCUUGAUCAUGUUUUACGAACACAAGCUGUAAUUUAUGCUAUAUUAACUGAAGAUGGUAUUGAAUUAGAUGAAAAUAUCAAAGCAAUUAUUAGUAAUGAACCAUAUCUCUCUUCUGCAUAUAAAAUAUUGCAAGAUUUAAAAAAAAAAAUUAUAAAUAACGUACAAAUUCUAGUAGAACUUCAUGAUAAUACAUUACAGUUGCAUAUAUACUUGAUCCUAGGAGUUGAUAAUGAAAAUCAAGUAUUAGACGAGUUAGCAGAAUAUACUGAAAAAUCAGAAAAUCUUACCUCAAAACUACUUAAUUGGUGGAAUUUAUUAAGCAUGCAAUAUCUAACUUUAAGUCAAGUUGUACAUAAAGUCUUAUCAAUUUCUGCCACUUCUGCAGCUAGUGAGCCAGAUAAGCUUGUCUAUAUUUAUUGGAAUACACAAAUUCUCUAUCAGUUGGGAAGAUCUGUAUUAAUUAAUAAUUUACAAGAAAUAUCUGUUAAUUCAGAUAAUCAAGAACUUGAUAUUAAUAUGGAUGAUGAUGAAAAUGAAGAGCUUAAUGGAAACUUUACUGAUUUUUCUAAUUGGCAUCUUAAUAUAUUCGACAACUGUGAGCAUGAAUUCGAUAAUUAUUCUGAGUGA